AUGAACUCGUUUGCUGAAAUUGAGCGCGAUGUUUUCCAUUCCGUCGCAAACCUUCGGACAAGUGUCAACAUUGUCGGAACUGCAGACGAUCUCGACAUUGACAUACUCGCUAAAUUGACUGAAGAUCUAUGUUUGACCGAACCGGUCAGUGUUUCCAUUCUGAUCGACGAGAGCGGGUCACAUUUUUACAACUCUACCAGUCCGAUCGGGGCUCACAUUAUAUCGCUAGCACUAAAUCUCGCCAGUGACUCUGUUAUGAAUGACAAAAUUAUUGAUUAUCAAUGUCGGUCACUCGUGUCUUUUCCAGAGAGACUAGCAAACGAAUUUGCCGACAGCAAAAGAAGUGUGUACGUGUUUAAUUCACAGCUCUAUUGGGAACGCCUCUGCGACACAAUUCUAUUAUUCUAUUUUACCAAACCGCAGCACUCACAACUAUGUACCGGAUCGUUAGUUUCACCUUGUCGCGUAUGCCGCGUUUUGGAUACAAUUGUUACUUUGCUGCUACGUCGCGGAAACCUGAAUACUGUAAUGCAGCGUAUUUUUCUGCUACCGAACGAUUUGUUUCAAAGCGCACAUUUUAGUGAACAAUUUCCACUAUUUAUCGGUGCUGUCUUCGAAGCCUCGAAAUUGCAACGCUUUUCCCUCAAACUACAAAAGGAAAAUUGUGUAUCGCAGUUGUGGCAUCAAUUUAACUUGCAGCUGUUCUUUUUUGCGGAAAAGCGCCCAGAGCUUAAAACUGAACUUGUCAACGCUGUCGGUAAAAUAAUAAAUAAUUUUGCCACUGAAACAUCAAGUUUCAUGGCGCGCGCUUUAUUCGAGUCGAUUUUUGUCAACAGCUAUUUUUUUUUGAAUUCGUCACGCACUACGAUACGCACCAUUUUUAAAGAUUUACUCGGUGUCGUCGCAGGAAACGACAAUUCGAAAGAGGCUUUAACAUCGCAUGAGCAGACGUGCUUUACUGCUUUGUUUAAUUUGUGGGACAAUAAGGAGUUUGUCACGUCAGGCAACUUGAGUGACAACCUAAAUUUACUUCACCCAGUCAUGUAUGCGCUUUUGUACUUAAAGGAAAAGUAUCCAGAGCACGACUGUUUUCCGCCAAAAUACGUUGGUGCCCUCUUAAAUGGCGUCUCGAUUCGACUCAGUAGCACGCGUGGAACGGAAUUGAGGACAUGUGCAAUGACAGCGGCAGCGGCGUUUGCGACACUUUUUGUAAGCAACCCUGAUGGUGCAACCCCUCUCACGCAAGACGCAGAGUUUUCACGUGCACUAGAAAACUGGAUGAGAACCGAGCCAAGCGCAGACAAUUCGGUCUUUUGCUCUCAAAACACGCAACAGGCAUCAAAAGCGAAGCCUGAAAGAAAUGCGGCUUUUGCGCGGCGCGGCGUGGCAUUAAAUGAUGUUUACCCAUUGGAUCCAGACGAAAAAUACACCUUUUUCGUUACGCCAGAGCAGCGCAAUCGCAACGACGUCGUGAAAAAGGUACAGCAAGGAAUUGCGCUGCAAGCAUCCCCACAUGCCUUUUCACCCUCUGCACUCCCAGCCUUCGGACAACAGAAGUUCGCGAAAGAUGAUCUAGGGGAUCACGUUUCGAUUUUGAGGAGCGUUCGUGAAUGCUACAACGCUCUAAUAGGCAUAGGACGUGGCCCCAACGCGCAGCUGCAUGAAGUGCAAGAGGCAACUGAGAGUGGAUUGCGAGGCUUAUCGAGUGCAUUUGCGAAAUUGCGAAAUCAGAUGGGUUCCGAUCUGUUCAAGUCAGUGAGUAGAGAAAUAGGUCCGCUUAUUCCUGUGCUUCUGCCAGCUUUAAUAUCGCUAGAUAUUCACGCGCCAGAAGAAGAGAAGCAAUUUUUGCAACAGUUGCGAUACGAAACGCUGGUGAACCUCAUUGUGUUGAAUGCUCCCCAGAGCCUAAAUCAAGUCAGCGGAAUGCUAUAUCGAAGCAAUUAUGGUGUUUAUCAGCGAAAUGAGCUUAUUAAAGCAAUCGGUGAGGCAGCGUUGCUCCUUUCGAGAGUCCAAAUUGACGGAGAAACAUCGCAAUCGCGGAGUGGCAGAAUAAAAGAAAAUGGAGGUGAAGAGAAAAAGAGAAUAUAUCCUCCAAUUCCCACGCACCACUUGUCAGGAGAGCAAAAGGCUGCAAUCGUCGUCACGGAAGGACAGCAGACACGGCGCUGGGGCAACGCAAACACUGAGCGCAGCCAACGCCAAGCACCUCUGAAGCACUAUAACAAUUUGCUUGGCGAAGUCGCCUCGGCGUUUGUUGCCGCAUUUUUGUACAAGCUUGAUGCGGACCACUUUGCCUUCUUUCAAGAAAGCGAUCCCUACACGCCGUGUGCUAUACUAGACUCCCUCACAAUGAUUUUCCAAGGCAUUACUAAUGUCCGCCACAUCGCACCCGAUCUUUGCGAAAAACACUUUGACUUCUUUUUUGCCGUUGGCACGAAACAUCCUAACUUAACGGUAAAAAAGGCAGCAUGGACAUCGAUUGUUGAAAUGAUGCGGACCUGGUGCGGCGUAGGUCCUCUGUGGAUUCGCCAAAAAGAUGGCCAGCGAGUUUUAAAUCGUGAUGCAGGACUCCACCACUCGCUUAUGUUCACUAAAAACUGGAUUGAUGCACUCGAUCUGCUGCAGCACACGUGCGAAAAAAUGCUCCAAAGCAACGACAGUUGCAGUCUCACCGCUUCAAUUGCUGUAUCGUCUUUACGUGAUCUCGUUUACGAUCGCGAUGAUUUUCAGACCAUGCUGUCACGUAGCGAAGAAAUAUCGCUGGGCGAAUAA